AUGCGUUCUCAAGUCCUUCUCGCUUUGGGUGGUCUGCUCCUGACCGGAAACCUUGCAAUUGCAGCUAAGCUGGAGCAUGAAGACGUGUCCAACCGAUGCUGGGAUGCCUGUGGCCCGGUAGUUGGAAUCUCGGAGCGCUGCGACCAUCAACAUGACAGCGACUCUGCAGAGUUGAACUGUAUCUGUACUUGGGAUUCCGCCAAAACACAAAUUCCCCUCUGUGCCGCCUGCAUUUCCGUGUAUGGAGACUCCGAUCAGGACGAGGACCAUGAUGAGGAUUGGGAUGAAGAUGACAACGAGGCUCUUGACCUGGUCAGAUCAUGCAACUUCAGCACCACCACGUACAACGCGGCAGCGGCCACUACGCUGUCUGCUUCUGCUACCACCACCGAUUCCGCUGCGACGACGGCUACUGCCACCAGCGGCGCUGAUUCGACUGGAGGUUCAAGUGGAACAUCAGCUGGAUCUUCCUCUGCGACCGGAUCUUCAUCUUCGUCUGGAACGGCAUCGCCGACUGAGACUGGCGCUGCAGCCGAUCUGUCGGCUCCUGCAAUUUCGGUGCUCGCGCUAGCGGGACUGGUUCCUUUGGCGUGGCUGUAA